UUCAGUCUGUGAUGGAUAUCGUCGAUGUUUUCCCAGCGCUGUGGUCAUGUCAGUGUGGUUUUCUAGAGCAGGAGGAGGGACUUUAGCUUUGCUGGCCAAGUCUUGACAGUCAGUAGCUAGCAGUGAGCUGUAUGCUAAUGUUAGCAGACGGGGGAGAAAUGCCGUUAUGGUCAAAAAGUGCGGAAAACGCCUUUAGUUUGGCGGGGUUGGUUUAAGUGGUGCCAGGAAUCGCCGGGACUUAGAGGAAGCUCGGGCGUGGAUGUAGACGGGCCCCAGCUGCUUAAGGAUCUGAUCAUAUGAGGGGAGACCACUUCAAAGUGGAUGAAACUAGGUCAGGCUGAAUCAAACCAGACUCAGACCAGAUCACAACCGAGCAGACCAGAUUGAUUCAGACGAUACCAGGCCCCUCCAGGAAGCCUGUUCCAGUUUCCUGUCCAGUUGAGGGCUCCAGAGUGGAUGGAAGGAGAUGAUUUUAACACACAGGCUGUGAUGAACAUCUGUGAUGACCUGAUGGCAGACCAAAGGAUGGACAUCUCGUCUACAAUGACCGACUUCAUGUCCCCCAGCUCCACUGACCUCAUCUCCAGUUCCAUCAGCACGCCUGGCAUGGACUACACCCGCAAAAGGAAAGGCAGCACCACCGACUACCAAAUUGAUGGCUUCUCAUUUGAUGACAUGGACCCAGAUAAAGAUAAACUGGGCAGUGACCAACAGGGCAGGAUUAAGAAUGCCAGAGAGGCCCAUAGCCAGAUUGAGAAACGUCGCAGAGACAAGAUGAACAGCUUCAUCGAUGAGCUGGCGUCACUGGUGCCCACCUGCAAUGCCAUGUCCCGCAAGCUGGAUAAACUGACAGUCCUCCGGAUGGCUGUCCAACACAUGAAGACGCUCAGAGGUGCAGCCAACCCGUACACAGAGGCAAACUACAAGCCUUCCUUCCUCUCAGAUGAUGAACUGAAGCACUUGAUACUAAGGGCUGCUGAUGGCUUCCUGUUUGUGGUCGGAUGCGAUCGUGGCAAGAUCCUGUUUGUUUCUGAAUCCGUGUACAAGAUUCUCAACUACAGCCAGAAUGACCUGAUAGGUCAGAGCCUGUUUGACUACCUUCACCCCAAGGACAUCGCCAAGGUCAAAGAGCAGCUGUCGUCCUCUGAUACAGCCCCACGAGAGAGACUCAUCGAUGCUAAAACUGGUCUUCCUGUGAAGACGGACAUCACCCCCGGUCCUUCUAGACUCUGUUCUGGAGCUAGGCGGUCAUUUUUCUGCAGGAUGAAGUGCAACAGGCAGUCUGUCAAAGUAGAAGAUAAAGACUUUCCCUCCACCUGCUCUAAGAAAAAAGCGGACCGUAAGAGCUUCUGCACUAUCCACAGCACAGGCUACUUGAAGAGCUGGCCACCUACCAAGAUGGGUCUCGACGAAGACAAUGAACCCGACAACGAGGGCUGCAACCUGAGCUGCCUGGUGGCCAUCGGCCGCCUGCACCCCCACAUCGUCCCCCAGCCCAGCCUGGCAGACAUCAGGGUGAAGCCGACAGAGUACGUCUCCCGGCACGCCAUCGACGGCAAGUUCGUCUUCGUUGACCAGAGAGCCACAGCCAUCCUAGCCUACCUACCCCAGGAGCUGCUGGGAACUUCCUUCUAUGAGUAUUUCCACCAGGACGACAUCAGCCACCUGGCAGAAUGUCAUAGACAAGUGCUACAGAUGAGGGAGAAGAUCAACACCAACUGUUACAAGUUCAAGAUCAAAGAUGGCUCCUUCAUCACGUUAAGAAGCAGAUGGUUCAGCUUUAUGAACCCCUGGACCAAGGAGGUGGAGUACAUCGUGUCUACCAACACUGUGGUGUCGUGUCCUAUGAUGGAGGGAUCAGAUUACCCUCAGUCUGCUGCCUCUCCACAGAGUAUGGACAGCGUCCUGACCUCAGAGGGUGGGGGGAGGCGGGCGCUGCAGACGGUGCCUGGUAUCCCCGGCGGCACAAGAGCGGGAGCUGGGAAGAUUGGACGCAUGAUUGCUGAGGAAGUGAUGGAGAUCCAGAGGAUUCGAGGCUCCUCCCCCUCCAGCUGUGGCUCCAGCCCUCUGAAUAUUACCAGCACACCUCCACCCGACACCUGCUCCCCAGGGGGCAAGAAGAUUCAGAACGGCGGGACGCCCGAGCUGCAAAGCACGGGGAUGCUUCCUGGACCCGACUCUGUUGGCUACCCCUACUCCAACCAGUCCAUCAUGAGUGACAACUCCCACCUGAGCAUAGACAUCAUGGAUGAGCCCGGUUCCAGCAGCCCCAGCAACGACGAGGCGGCCAUGGCUGUCAUUAUGUCCUUGCUGGAGGCGGACGCUGGCCUCGGGGGGCCCGUCGACUUCAGCGACCUACCCUGGCCGUUGUGAGGAAGCUGGGAGGGACGAGCCGGAGCUGCUGACGUGGGGUCGACGUCUGGUUGCCACGUUUUCCAACCUGUGUGCAUGACGGCACCGCAAAAAUGUCCAUCUUAACAAAAAAAGGAAGAAAAAAAACGCUCUGUAGAUACAGAGGAGAUCCUCUCUCUUUAGGUGUCCAUCAGACUGGAUGGCCGUUAGGUUUCACCCCCAAGUUUUUGGUUCGUCAUUCCCUGCAGGUGGAGCUGAGAUCCUGUUAAGAUGCUAAUUUUUCCAGUGCUGGUUUUCUAACGUUGCCACGGUGAGAAACCAUUUCUCUAACAACGGCGGUGCUGACAUGUCAAUGCUCCUUCACUCUCUACCCCAUCAAUGCAAAUUAACAGAAGGCCCCCCUCCCCUCCCCCAAGACACUCGAGACGGUGGCAGAAGUUUAAUGGUGUUGUGUUGGGUGGUGAGCCCCCUGUCUCUGAGGUUUCCCUGUAGGAUACUGUACAAGCACGAGGACGUGAACACACAACAGAAGAUACUCAGAGGACCUUUAUUCCCAAAAUUCCACUACCAGGUGUAUCUCAUGUAUUUAACUUCUUCCUUCUUUUUUGUAAAGACUGAAUUGUUUUGGAAGGCACCGCCCAGCUGCUGUUUCCAGAGUUUACGCAAACUUUUACUCCAAGCUGCUCAUCCUCGUCUGUUUCCUCAGAAAUACCGAACUUCUCAGUUUCCUUCUGUGUUCACUCAAACAGCCUGCAGUGCUUCUGAGAGAGGCAUUAGGAAGCUAGAAAAAAAGGCGAAAGCGCUGGAAUUGAGGGGGGGGUUGUUGGGUUGAGGAUCCCUGUGCGUGUGCCUGUGUGUGUGUGUGUGUGUUGAGAAACAGACCAGUAAGGUUUAACAGGUUGGCCUGUGUGGCCUUGCUUAUAAAUCAAACUGAUCUUUUUACUGUUAUUUUCUAGUGAAUGCAGACAUGCUUCCUAUACGGAAGAAGGAGGGAUAAGUUGAAACAUUGCAAAUAUAAUAAAAAUCCCAGCAGUAAGCGAGACGGGUGUGCAGAGCUCCGUUAGGUCGGGGUUCCCUGCGUCACGUGUUCCCGUCUAUUUAAAAGGCGCUGGUGAAAUAAAGCAGGCGAUUAGAACAGCCUCGGGAUCGUGGAUAGAUUUAAGAGGGACUAAACACAGCCACGGGUCUAAACUCACACACCAAGGACCAAACGCCACACGGCUGCAGUAAUAACAUGACGUAGUCGAUGGUACUGCCACUGUCUGCUUGCGUAUGAACAUAAAAGAUGCAGAAUAAAAGCGGACAGUGGCUGCAGUGGUUUUAAUACUCUGGUUCUUGUUUUAGAACUUAGUCUUUCUCUUCAGCCCACAGAGCGGUUCUUCCUCAUACCAAUCCAAAUGCUCUCUGCAGGUAGACGGGCGUGGACGCAGUGUAGUGUAGAUUCUCCACAGAUGAGUCCAUGUGGUCACAGAGAACAGGCAGGCGAGCAGACAUCCACACAGAUCCUCACACUCACUGAUUGCAAAGCCUCGAAGGUCCGUUUGGUUCGUAAUUUGUGACAAAUUUGCAUCACUCAGACUCGAGCAGACUCCAGAAUCGUAUUUUUUCAGCGUCAUCUUUACUGAGUUCCCAGCUCGCCUGCUGCACUUGCAGUUUUAAAUCUUUGCAUUAUUGGCAAGUGAUGCUUUAUUAACCAACGUUAAGCUUUUUCCUUUCACCACUGAAGCUUUUUAAAUGACUGGUGCUCAGUAGUGAUCUUAAGUCCAAACUACUGAAGCCAUCUAUUUAAAAAAAGAAAAAAGAAAAAAAGUGCCAAAUCUUUUAUUUGCGUUAAGUUUCUCCCCGAAGAAGAAAGAGGAGGGAAAAACCCAACCGAUCCAAGACCCAAACCUUGAGAGAAUGUCGGCAGCGUCUGCAGCUCCGACGUGCUGCAUGAGAGUCAAGCUCAGUCCUUAAUCAGCUUAGCCAACUGAAAAUCUCCAAUCUGUCAUAAACGUUUUGAUUUCUAUUGGACCAAAAAGGCUAAAAAGUGUAAAUCUACUCCCAUCAUUCAUUAUUUCAAAAACAAGGCCUAUAAACACGGGUGAAACUGCACUGAACCUAAUCGAGCAGCACAGUCCCACAGGGAGACCCAUAAACCAGCUCUGAAUAUAAGACAGUCUUGGUGCAUAGAUUGAAAGACUCCAGCAUUGUAGGUCAAAGGAAUAAUAAUAAAAAAAAAAAAGACCAUCAGCGAAGAUCUGUUCCUCCUCGUGGACGGCCUCCUGCUCGUUUAUCUCUGGUGGGCUUCUGAGCGUUUGCAGCGAGCGCUCCGCAGGAGAGGAGCGAACAGCUGGAGUGAAGCUCUGACAGCUGUCAGAACAAAGAACGAGGCUUUAAUGGGGGGAAAAGGUGGUUAAUUGAGUCCGGUGGGAGCAGCAGCUGUAUGGGCGGGCGCAUUCGGUGUGCUCGACAGCAAACCAGGACUGUUCAAGUGCUCCUCCAUGAGGAAAUGUUCUUCACUGCCAUUUUAUUGACAAUGCGGGAGGCGACGCGGCGUCAGCCUGCUAACAUAAAAACCAAUAAGCUUGGGUUACAGGGUCUCCACCUACUCACCCCCUCACUGAUCCUUCAGCCUCUCAGUCUUGUGUUGAACUGUGUUCUCAGCAGAGGGGACUGGAUGGGCUCUUUGGGCUUUACUUUACACCACCCACAGAAGGAUCCACCCCCUUUUUUAACCAGCCUGGGUGGGGCUAAAAGAAGCUGAAAACCCCCCCAAAAAACCUCUCAGCUGAUUUAUUUGCAGACUUGCCAGACUGCAUUUACUCUUAAAUUUGGUCUUUUUUUUUUUUUUUUUGCCCGUUUCACCCAACUGUUAAUUCAAACUACCUUACUAACUGCUGGUGAACAAAGAGGACUUUGUAACGAAGAUGGAGCUCACCAACAUCUCUAAUCACUUCCUGCAACAGUUUCUGGGGGUCACGAGAGAUUUUUAAUAGACUUUUUUUUCCCUCGAUGAUGAAGAUGAUCCCUAAUUUGACCUCUUCACCUCUCUGCUGUCACAGCCCCAGGCCUUUGUGUUGUCCGAUAAAUUAGAGGCAGACAUGACAAAAACCAAAAGAAGCAAAGACACAAUCAGAUUUGCCUUUUAACUUUCUGAAAUCAGUUUUGGAAACAAAAAAAAAAUCUAAUUAGAUGUUUGGAAAUAUUUUUUUAAUGGCGCUGCAUUAUAAAUACAUUAUGAAGGCUCCGGUUUGGAGGCGCAGCGAUAAAGCCUGGAUUUGAGUCUGAAAGACGAAAUCCCAGAGAUGUAUUUAAAAAAAGUAAAUGAAUAAAAAACACAGAAACAAAAGAAGUUUUCUUCAUCGCUCUAUUUGCAAAGCAUAAACAAAAGUAAACUGUGUUCUUGUGUAUAACAUGAAAAAGGUCUUUAAAGGGCUGAUGUAUAACUUCUCAGCUUCUCACAGUGACCAGCACGUUCUUAUACAAACACGAGGCUUCCUGUCAAACUUAGAACACUUUUGAUGUGGGCGGGGCUAACACUUGAGGAAAAUACUUUUUCAUGAUGGGUUUUCUGUUUUUAACUUUCAAAGAAAAUACAUGUGAGACACAAGCUGGGCUAAUACAAGUCCCCUUUUUUAUUUCCACGUGGGCAGACAAUGUUAACAUCGACCAACUGUGGCAGCAGCUUUUAAAAGAAAUCCUUAUUUGAGGAGGCUGAAUGCUGCGAGAGUGGCAGCUGCAGCACCAGCUGCUGUUUGGACCUCAGCCGCUUAAGUUUAAGCCGGGCUCAGACUCCGCCUCCGCCGUCCUCCUCCAAUCAGGCAGCAGCUGGCAAGGUCCCCUCUGUAUCUGUUCUAGUGGGUUUAUUUCUGUUUUAAGUGUUUCUACUCUACACACUACAAUAAAGUGUUCUCCUUGUUGAUAUCUCCCUGCCCCACCUGACGAUAAUGUAUCAAAUCUUUAAAUAUUAUCAUGUUAAGAGUAUACUUUAUGCAAAUAUAUAUGAGUAUGAUGAGUGUAUUGUAUGUAUCAGCAGUGAAAUAUUUUUCAAAUAAAAUUAUUUGUUUCUGUCAUCGAGA